GGUGGUGCAGGUACUUGGAGCGACGGGAAGCUAGUUACUAGAAUUGGCAGAAACAGCGGUAGUGUUUUAGCAGUUUUGAAAACGUUGGUCCAAUUUGGAGCUCCACAGAAAAUUUUGAUUGAUGGAAAACCUCAUCUAGGAACUGAUAAAUUGAUUCCACUUCUUCAAAAUUUCCGGCGAUACCUUGAAUUGUUGGGUGUCGACAUCAAGUUUGGAACAAGAGUAGACGAUUUACUUGUCGAGGAUAAACAUGUGGUGGGAGUCAAAGUUUCUGAUUCAAGAGAGAACAGCUCACCCUCCACGAGCCAGCAGUUGGGGUAUGAUGCAGUGGUUCUUGCAGUUGGGCAUUCUGCACGUGAUACGUAUCAGAUGCUUCUUUCUCAUGGGGUCAGCUUGGUUGAAAAAGAUUUUGCUGUUGGCCUGCGAGUUGAGCAUCCUCAAGAAUUAAUAAACAGCAUACAGUAUUCUGGAUUGGCCAAUGAAGUUCAAAGUGGACGCGGGAAAGUGCCUGUUGCUGAUUACAAGGUUGUUGAAUAUGUGAAUACAGAUGGUAUCGCUUUGCCUUCAAAUUCUGUACCAAGAAAUCGCAGUUGUUACUCCUUUUGCAUGUGUCCUGGUGGGCAGGUAGUUUUAACCAGUACAGAUCCAUCAGAGCUCUGUAUCAAUGGCAUGUCCUUUUCCCGACGGUCAUCUAAAUGGGCGAAUGCUGCACUUGUUGUUACAGUCUCGUCAAAAGAUUUUGCUGCUUUGGACUUGCACGGACCUCUCGCUGGUGUUGAAUUUCAGAGGAUGUUUGAACGAAAGGCAGCUGCAAUGGGCGGAGGCAAUUUUGUAGUACCUGUUCAAACAGUGACCGAUUUUCUCGACAACAAAUUGUCAGGGACAUCAGUGCCAUCUUCCAGUUAUAGAUUAGGAGUAAAGGCAACAAAUCUCCGUGAAUUAUUCCCUAGUCACAUAACCAGCUCUUUACAACAAUCACUUUUAAAGUUCGACAAAGAGCUACCGGGAUUCAUUUCCAGCGAUGCUCUUCUUCAUGGAGUAGAGACAAGAACUAGUUCCCCAGUCCAGAUCUCGCGAAGUGCUGACACUUACGAGUGCACGUCCUUAAGAGGGCUUUACCCUAUCGGAGAAGGUGCGGGUUAUGCUGGGGGGAUAGUCAGUGCAGCUGUUGAUGGCAUGUAUAGCGGCUUUGCAUUAGCGAAAAGCUUAGGUCUUUUUCAAGGCAGCAUCGAGUCGGUUUUAGGGAAGGCUCAGAGUGCUGGAUUUAUAAAAUACUAACACCAUUAUAUCUAGUUUUGUGUUCAUUACUAUGUAAAUCAUAGGCUGCUCAUUGUUGAUCUAGCAACUCUUCAUAUAUAGUUCGUCGCGAUCAGAGGAGAGGCGAAUCCACGAUUUAGAGUAGUCAGUAGGUUCUAGAAAUGAAUGUUGUUUAUUAUUGCAAGCAUUUUAAAGUUUUCUGGACCA